ACAAGCUCUUCAUAAUUAAUUCCAGGCUAUCUGCAUAACUCCCAUCAGCAACCAACAAUUUGUCUCCUCCUUCCUCAAUAUCGACACGAAUCCCAAAAAAACCAAAAAAAUGAUAAACUGAAAAACAAGUCAAAUGGCAAUGUUGGCACCUUCUGCAUCAUCUUUUGCUACCAAAAAAUUCACUUGUCAUUUGACAAAUUCAGCACUCUUCAAAUCCCACUUUAUCAAGAACCAUCUAGAACCACCAUCAUGUCAAUGUCAAUCAAGAACCUUUUUUAUGCUUACCCAAAAUGCUGUUCAUUUACAUAGGAGGAGUACAACAAGAUUCUCCUUUAAGCUUCACUUGUUACUACCUCUUAGUCUUGGUAUUAGUUCUUCUCUUCCAUUUUGCUCUAGUUUUGUUCUUCCUUGUUCUCCUCUUCACAAAUUUCAUUCACCUCUUUUCUCAUCUCCUAUGUCCUCCUUAAAUUCAGAUGCCAACCCUGUUGCUAAAACGGUUAGAGCUGUGAUUAAAGGGAGAGUGCAAGGGGUGUUUUACAGGGACUGGACUGUGGAGAAUGCUAAGGAGUUGGGCUUGAAAGGUUGGGUUCGAAAUCGGAGGGAUGGAACGGUGGAAGCUUUGUUUUCUGGAAGCCCGGAAAAGGUUCAAGAAAUGGAGCAGCGGUGUCGGAGGGGUCCACCAUCUGCUAUUGUCACCGGACUAGAUGUCUUUCCCUGUGAUGAUGACCCCGGAACAGGGUUCGAACGCAAACAAACUGCUUGAUCAUAGGCUAGCCUGGUGGUAAAGACUAAGCUGAUAGUCAUGACUUGCUCUUGCUGUAUGUCAAUAAGUAAACCAUGUUUGUACGUACAAAGUCUUUUUUUUGGUCAAAUACAUGCAGAGUCUUUGAAAUGUUUUGGAUUUAUUGUUAAAUGUUCUUAUUGAUGUUAUGCUUACAUACAUUGAUUCAUUACUGCA